UCAGUUUAUAGAGGAACAGGUCAGGCAGGCCCAGGUAGCUCAGGAAGCAGGAUACUGAUUAUUCCCAGGAGAAAGUCAGGUAUAGGGUUACCGCGCCACGGUGGAAAGUCAGGAGGUCAGAACUUGCACAGCAGCCACGUCCCCUGGCUGGAACAGCUCAGCUCCUCUCAGGGGAGUUCAUAAUUCUGUGGAAAUGGGAGAGAACGAGCCCAGUGCAGCGAGUGCAGCCCAGCCAGAUAAAAAGAUGGCCUAUCACAAAGUGAAUGCAGACCAGAGAGCACAGGGGCACUCUCCAUACCUUGACAACGAUGAGCUCCAAGCCACAGCGUUGGACCUGGAGUGGGACAUGGAAAAAGAGCUGGAGGAGCCUGGCUUUGACCAUUUCCGACUGGACAGCGCAGCCCAGCACCACCUGGGCAACUCACAGAGCCCUGACCUCGACCUGGAGCCCAUCCAGGCUUCCUCCUCCCCAAAGGGAAGGUUCCAGAGGCUCCAGGAAGACCCUGACUACAUCUCCCACUACACGAGACAGGCACCAAAGAGCAACCGCUGCAGCUUUCUUCGGAUACUGAAAGUAUUUUGCACUGCUUUGAUUUUAUUUAUUUUUGGAAUUGUGAUAGGAUAUUAUGCACGUAAGAAAUGCCCUUCUCCCCCAACAUCUCAAGAACCAAAUAAUCCUCAGAUCUACCAUGAAAUUCUCAAGGAAAUCAAAGCUGAAAAUAUUCAGCGGAUUUACAGAGAUUUGUUAGAGUUCCCCAGAGGAGAUGAUGAUGCAGACCUUGCAGUGAAAAUCCUGGGUCAGUGGCGUUCCCAAGGCCUGGAAGAUGUCCGGCUGGUGAAUUACUCCGUUCUGCUUGACCUGCCAGGCCCUGCUUCAAACACAGUAACUCUGCAAAACAGCGGGGAAUGCUUUUAUCCAAGUGGACAGCAGUGCAGCACAGACCCCAGAACACUUCACAGCCAAGACCUGCUGUACUCAUACGCAGCUUAUUCUGCCAAAGGAACUCUUGAGGCAGAGCUUGUUGAUGUCCAGUAUGGGACCAUGGAAGACCUGAUCCGGAUUCAAGCCAUCACAAACGUGACCAAAAAAAUUGCACUUUUGAAGCUUGGACAGUCACCUUUGCUUUAUAAGCUUUCUCUGCUGGAAGAGGCAGGGUUUGGUGGUGUUCUCGUUUACACUGAUCCUUGUGACUUGCCAAAGACUGCAGACCUUGCUGAUAAAGCUUUUAUGGUCUCCUUGAACAGUGGGGGAGAUCCAUCCACGCCUGGUUAUGCCAGUAUUGAUGGAAGCUACAGGCAAAAUCGACUGAACCUCACAACACUGUUGGUACAACCAAUUUCUGCCCUGCUUGCCAGAAAACUUGUUUCCCUACCUGAGGACACUGCCCAAAGAGCCAGGUGUACACCCCUCCAACUGCCAGCUGCAGGCAAAAAAACAAUCAGUCUGAACAUUCAGUCUGUCACAACUUACAAGACAAUUUCUAAUGUCAUUGGCUAUCUAAAAGGAGCUGUAUUUCCUGACAGAUACGUCAUCAUUGGUAGCCAUCACAGCAGUUUGCAGGGUUAUGGUGGGCAAGGCUGGGCCAGCAGCACUGCUGUGAUCACAGCCCUGCUCCAAGCCCUGAUGCCAGAGGUGAGGAGGGGCUGGAGGCCUGACAGGACCCUGCUCUUCUGCUCGUGGGGAGGAACAGCCCUGGGCAACGUCGGCUCCUACGAGUGGGCUGAGGAUCUCGGGAGCGUUCUUCAAAGAAAUGUUGUGGCCUACAUCAGCCUCCAUAAUCCAGUCACAGGCAACUCAACUUUACGGCCCGUGGCAUCCCCUUCUCUUCAGCAGCUGGCAGCAGAGAGCCAGAGCUUCAACUGUGUGGAAAAGGCCAGAUGUCCAGGAUCCAAUGUGAGUUCUGUGCAGAUACAGGGAGAUUCAGAUUAUUUCAUCAACCACCUUGGAGUACCUGCCACGCAGUUUUCCUAUGAGGACAUCAAAGCAUCAGAGAAUUCCAGCUUUCUCUCUGAAGCUCUUUUUCCUGCACAUGCAACAAAAACUGAAGAGCUGGACCCCUCCUUCAGCCUGCACGAGACCAUUGCCAAGCUGACAGGACAAGUGACUUUGCAAAUUGCCACUGAUCCAGUUUUGCCGUUUAAUGCCCUCGACAUCGCGUUAGAAGUUCAGAACAGUCUGAAAGGUGAUGAAGCAGGCGUCCCCCAGCUGCUGGCAGUGGCGUCACGUCUGAGGGACACGGCGGAGCUCUUCCAGUCGGACGAGAUGCGCCCGGCCAACGACCCCCAGGAGCGAGCUCCUGUCAGAGUCAGGAUGCUCAAUGAUGUGCUACAAGGCUUGGAGAAAAGCUUCCUGCUUCAGCAAGCUCCUCCAGGACUUUACAGAAAUAUUCUUUACAGACUGGAUGACAGGACCAGCCAGUUUUCAGUGCUGCUGGAGGCCCUGGAGCACUGCAAACUACAUCAGUCAAAUGAGACCGUGCAGGCAGCCUUGUCAGAGGUGCUGAGCAGCAUCAAUUCAGCUCAGGUCUACUUCAAAGCAGGACUUGAUGUGUUUGAGACUGCCUUAGCUGGAAAGAAAUGAGAGGAUUCCCUGCAUUCCAAGACAUUUGUUUACAACUCUCUAAACAAAAGUUCCACUUGGACCAGAAUUGCUCUGAGGAUCAAACCUUUCUCAGCCUUUCCUUCAGCUGGCGCUUAAAGGUACUGCAACACGUGGUUUAAGAAAUGUAAAACAGUAUUUUGCACUGUUCACAAUAUAUCUCAAAUGCCUGUUCCUGAAUGUAUUAAACCUAAAGAGAGGGAGUAACACUUCAGAGAUGACUUUUGGAAGGAUGUCUGCUGUAUUUUUGUAUGUAAAAUAUGUUUUUAUGACCAAGAGCUCAAUCAUGCGAAGCACCAAGCAUGUCCUGUGAUGUGCUGAAGCCCUGGUUCUGAGACACCCCAGAUGUGCAGCCAGGGGAGAUUUCCUCUGUCAGAAAAACAUGACUCAAGUUUCUUAAUGUUUUCAGCCAGCUCAUCUUCUUCCUUACUCCAUUCAGAGUAAGUAGUUGAAGGAUGUGGUGUUUCCUUGGGUGUCCAGCACCGGAGUGGAAAUGCACAGAACACCUUUACAGGUGCAAUCCAACACCUUUACUCCUGUGGAACAAUAAAUACCUCAGUUCUGAGAAUACAGAUAAACUUUGAUUCUUCCAUUUCUGUAUGAAAAUAAAGAGUGGUUUUCUCUGAUGUUUCUUGGAGAGGAAAUUUUUGUGAUGAUUUCAAAUUAUUUGAAAAGUGUGAGUCGGUAAUUACACUUGCACAAAAAUGCUUUGAAUGUUUAUGUUAAAUGAUAAGAACUGCCUAGUCUUUAUAAGGCUGGAGGCCUUAAAAUUUUUCACCAAACAUUACCAAAAAAUCCCACUUCAAGGUCUCUCAGCUUCCAGAGAGCUGUAAAUAAAAGCAAGACCUCCAAGACCUGAGAAGAGUUUUGGGAUUCCAUCACUCUUGGCCACACCACCCACUGUUCCAGGCUGGAUUGUUCCAUCAAGCCUCACAUCUAGGACCCAGGUCAUUGUCAGAAAAGCACAAGGUAAAACAUGCAUCCAUUCCCUGCUGUAGAACCAGGAAUUCAAGUGUGGAGGCACAAGCUGGUGAAGCAUAUUGCAGAGCUAAAAUGCAAAUCUGUUUUUCCCUUGGUAGAAGGCUCUAAUCACACCAUUGCCUGUUGGCCAAAGUAAUCUGUGUGUGAAAGGAUCAAGAGGUUCAGUGUCCUCUGAGGGGAUGCUAUACCCAUUUGAGAACUCCAGGUCUUAAUAAUAUAUACAGUUGAAAUUGUUAAGCCCUAUUUGGGUUUUACAGUCUCAGAUGAUUCUAGGUUUAGAGCUUAAAUAAUUAAUUUUAUAUAGAUACUCAGAAUUUAAAUAUAAUUUAUUUGAUGGAAAUGUUAAAUGUAUUGUUAUCCAGUUUGCCAUGUUAACAUUACAAGAACAUUUCAGGUUGGAAUAAAAAUGGAAAAAGUGUCUGUUUUAAUGUUUAAAAAGUGCCUUCAGGAAAAUUUCUGAGUGCACAAUUUGGUGAAAAAUUUUCUAAAGUUCACAUAGCAAGAAAUGAGCUGUUUACAGAUCUGGGUUUCUGUUCCAAAGCCCUUACAAAGGGGUCUCCAAGCAAUGGCCCAGGACUGGGUACACACAGCUGUGCUGUUGCUACAUUUCUUCAUAAGUUAUGAUUGAGCAGAGGCAGAGCUGUGCUGCACAGAGCUGUGCAGUUGUACAGCAGCCUCUGCAGUGGGAAUUUGUUCAGCACCAGUCAGUGGGACUGCAUGGACUCAUCAUUAUCUCCUAGCUUUCCUUGGCAUCUGAUCAGCAAAAAUUGAUGAUGAUUCUUUUGCUAAUGCUGGCACCAGUUUAGUGCAGAGAGAAUUUGACUUCUGGAGAAUGACAUUGUUUAUGAUGCACGUUCACCCCUUGUCUGCAUUGUUUUUAUUAUUGUAAGAUUCAAGUGGUUGGAAUAUCCACAUUUGAAUUGUAUGUUUAUUUUGGGGACUUGGGGAUGUACUGUACUAUGGGGCCUUUGGUGGGAUUCAGUGAUAAAGGGUCAUGUGCCAUUAGGAGACCAAAAGAGAGGUUAACACCUUUGUUGACUCUACCAGGUGAGUUUAAUAACUGCUUCCUCAUCCUUAGAAUGUUCCACCUCUAAUGCAACCAAAGUGUACUCAGCAAAAUCAGUGAAAUCUGGUGGAAGCAAUAUCUCUCAUGGAUGAUUUCUCAACCCUGUAAUUCCAAAAUAAAAUAUUUAUCUUGUUUUCUCACUAAUGUCCUUCUGUAACCACUUCUAAACUAACAGACUUAAAAGUACUCUGCUAGAAAAGCACUGCUGUUGUAAAUGUCUGUCUAUUCUAGACACAAUCAGAUGUUCUUGUUGGUGAGAUGAAUCAGAUGAGCUAUUUAGGGACUUAAAUGCAUUGAUUUCAAUGUCAUCUCACACUUUUAGAUCUUUUGUAGGCUUUUAUUUCAAUGUUAAGAUCUUACAUAUAAGUGAGUGCUCAGUGAUAAUAUUUGUACCAUUAUAGCUUGGAAAAAAAAGCACUUUUGAGCCAUAUCCUUCCAUUGAUUUUUAAAUCCUACCUAUUGACUUCAAGGAAUUUACAGCAAGUUAAGGUCCUAAGUAUCUGGUGAGCUUCUAACAUAGAGUUUUUGCCCAAACAGCUGUGGAACAUCAGCUAAAGGAAGGUGCUAGUAAAUCAUAGCAGCUUACCCAGAUUGACUUCAUUCCUGUGUUGUACUGGAAUAAACAGAGCACCCUUAAAGGCAGAAGCACGUUUGCAAAUUGCCUGAAUGAUACUAAAAAUGUGUGAGCUUUUCAGAAGCAUCAGCUGCCAGAGACAGUAUAGCAAAUGCAUUGAUUGCUCCUUAAUCCAGAGUCAUGCUCACAGUGACCAGAAAAUCCCUGCAGCCUGCAAUAUUUGUAUGUUGAGACAGUUGAUAAUAAAAAGCCAAUAAGGUUUUAUUAGUAUGUAUUUUAAAGAGUCCAUAAAAAGGCUAAAGCACAAUCAAGGCAGAUGAAUAAAAAGUACAUGGGAGCUGGAUUUGGAGUACUAACCUUAAAAAAGGCAGUGAAUUGUUUUUAUCAUCCAAGAGGAAUAGUACCCGUGUGAAUAUGCAAACACACAAAUGCCCUUUAUCUUCAAAAGGUUUUGCAAAUAUUAAUUUACUUGCAGUGAUAUAAUACAUCUAGAUAAACAUAGAUGUAAAUAAUUACGUGAGAAAAUUAGCAAACUCUUUGCAUUGCCUCCCUUCCCUUUUAGGAAAGUGUUUCAGUCUAGAGAUGUGAAAGGAGGCACUGCAGCUGACCUCAGUUCUUGCAGCAGUAGGUGGGGAAAGGUUAAAUCUCAGGUAUGGCAGAAGGAACCCCUGGAAGUCAUUUAUUCCAACCUCCCUGCUCAAGCAGGACCACCUAAAAACAGCCUCCCAGGAGGGGCUGUGCUCAGGUUACUGUGCAAUGCCUUCCAGGGAUGGAGAUUCCUCAGCCUCUCUGGCACUCUGUGCCAGUGCAUGGUCACCCUCACAGAGGAAGUCUUUCAUUCUUCCAUAGAAACAGUUCCUCCAAAUUUCUCCCCAUAUUUCUGAGUUGUUAAAUUAUUGUAAUUAUUUUCACAGCAAGCAUUCAAAAGGUAGCCAUCAUUUCAUCUAGUGAAAACUCUCAGAAACCAUCUCCAGGAUUUCACAGGUACAAUAUGUUGGAAAGUUUGUAUGAGGAGAUUUGUCCUUCAAGGCAUAAAGUACUUUUUUGAAAGCCAUAGAAACUAUUGUAUUUAUCUUCUGAGGUCUUUUGUACAGUCCCUGGUCCCCAGUCACAGGAUUUCUCUUUACUUAGGAGGCUGUCACCUCAUCAGCACAUAUGUGGCUAUAAAUGCAUCUACUUUACCCAAACUUUGGGAUCUCACUGUGGUUUGUGUUGAGUGGAAGGGAAGGCAGGAUAACUCUAUGGCUCAUUCUGGCUUUCACAGCUGUUAAAUGCUGUAGAAAUGUCUGGUCUGUGUUCUCCAAGCAGCAGUUCAGAUCUCCCUGGCAGGCCCUGUGCUGGGAGCAGUGAUCUGUGGCACUCAGAAGUGGCACCUCUGUGUGGCUGUCCCAGCAAACCAGCUCAGUGUGGGAGAUGUUCUUUCCCUUUGACACUCAGUAACAUUUCAGCAGUGUCACACCAGUCCCAGAAGAAUGAGUGAUAGGAAUGAAAUCUCAUUUCAACAUGCCUGGGACCUGAGUUUGGAAAACAGUUAGCCUUGUACUGUUAGUGUUCAGAACAAAGUAAGGUGGUGUGUUUUGGGGCUCUGAAUCUACACAGUUUGAGACAGGGUUUCCAGUAGCACAAGUCAAUGUCUCAGAUAUAGAAUACAAACAUAUUUCUGGUCUAUUACAUGUUAAAAUUACUUGGGUAGCAAUGCAGUGAUAGUUUUGGGUGGCUUUAACCCUCUGGCUGUUUUUUCUCCCUCUAACACCAUCCUCUCCAAUCCCUUACAUUCACCUUCUCUCACAUCGUUUUGCAAUGUGAUUUUUCCCAUCCCUCACCACCUUCUUCUCAGCCAUUCCCACUAGUUUUCUGUCUCCAUUCUGUUUCCUUAUCACUUCUUAAGCUCCCUUUUAAUUUGCCAACCACCAGGUUAAUCCCCCUCUUUUCUCUCUCUGAUCUCAGUCAUGCCUUUUGUUCCCCAUUCAGUUCUCAACUCACCUCCCUCAAGUUUCAAUUAUUAUUCCUGGAACAGCUGACCAUAAUAAAGAGCUGAAAGUGGUGGAAAAGUCCUGCUCAGAUCCAGAUGGAUAAAGUGUGAGGGGACAUCAUCUGUAAAAUUCAAAGUAUUCACUUCUGAGUACAUGCAAGCAGCAGGUUUUCAGUUAUAGCUUGACUGAAUGGAAACAGAUUUUUUUCCUAUCUUCUUUCUUUCUCUCUAAUGUCUGGACCAGGAAAUUCCCUCAAAAAUAGCAGUGUAGAAAGGUGAUAAUCUUGAAAGUUUUGAAAUAAAGCUUUGAAGUUUAUUUGAAUCCAAUUCUGAAGUUGGAUGAAUAAGAAAUUAUAGACAAAGAAUCAGAAUUGGUACUGCCUGUCUACAAAAUAAAACAGGCAAUAUCUAAGCACAGAAUUUCUCUGAUCUUGCAGGAGCCAUCCAGCAUUCUCUCCAUGUUGGCUAAAUACCAAACUUCUGUGUGUAAUUCUGCUGUCCUACAGUGUUUUACAUUGUUAAGGAUGGCAAGGACUAAAUCUACAUGCACAAACCUGUACUUGAACAUGCACAUUUGAGCCUAGGAAGUGCCUAAGAAUAAUGAACACUCAUUUGGGAAGCACAGGCUUUUAAAAUCCCUAAAUUAGACUGCACUGUUUACUAAAACUGUGGUGCUGUUAAGCCUUUGGUUUUUUCCUAAUUAUAAUCCCACUACUGCUGGUUAUUUCUACUGUUGCUCAUACAGACUUGUUAUAACUGGAGAAAAUGUACACCUGUGUGGAUUUGCAAAAAAGAUUAUGUUGCACCUCAGUCAUACUGACCUUACUGGACUGUUUUUUCCAACAGGGUUGACUUUACCAGGGUACUGUUCCACAGAACCAAGGUUAGCAGAAUUUAGCCACUCUUCAUGGAAUUUCCCACAGGAUUUGGUAUCAGAAGAUCAAUUAUUUCUGUUUAGUCUAUUUUCUUUAAUCUCUCAACAUAGAUUAUUAGAAGCAAGAAUGUAUUUCUUUUUUUUUUUAAUUGGGAGCAGUCUCUUGGUAAACGUUAAGUAAGCCCACAGGGCAGAAUAGGAAUGUGUAUGUACAAGUGAUAUAAUCUGGAAUUAACUUUAUACCUUUUAUGAAUGUUGGAUUAAUGCAGAGAUACUUUUAUGAAUUUUACAGGUUGGAAUUAAUACAAGGACUUAAUUUAAGAAAUUUAAUCAGAAUAAAGGUGUGGAACAACAGUUUUGCUGUGUAAA